CCCCAUAUCCAUCCCAACCCUUUCAAGAAAGGUGGUCACGAAGGUGGCAUAUGGAAAGACAGUGUACCAGUUUCCCCCUCUAGGAGCAGCCUCAACCAUUUUCAGACACAUGAGAGAUGCGAGGUUAACAAGAACACCUCUUUGAGCUUGCACAAGGAUAAACAAGUCAAGUUUACGAAUAAUCAAAUGACCACGGUACCUUGGCAGGAAGCAGUUGACGAUCAUCCAGUGGAGGAAUCGAAGAGGAUCUGGGAGGAAAGAAGCCUGGAUGCGCCCCUUCGUGAGUUUCGCCAGUUCAACUUCAAACUCAAAAUCGUACAGCCGCCCAAGAUCGCUUCUGCUCUCAAUGGGGUGUCCUCCGGCGGGGAGAUCGAGGAUCUCAGCAAACUGAUGAGGCUGGAAGCAGACUCUAUGUCCCAGGAAGAUCGACACGAGAUGAGAAUCACAGGGACUAGAAAGCUCUAAAUUGUGGUAGAACUUCCUCACCACAUGGGGGCAGUAACUGGUGCUUCCUCGGCUCCGGAGAUCAAAAGAACUUUUCCCAGCCAAGAUUUUUUAUUAACUUCUUCACUUCUUGAGGGAAAGGACUGAGGUGGAUGAACUCGUACUCGGCCACAAUUGUUGUUUUUUGCAGUAUUCAUUUGAUAGAGAUAGUAUCCCCAUUUUCGCAAACGAUUUACCUUUGUUUGCCAUGGAGUCUGGAGGAAGAAGGAACAAGGGAAGGUGAAGAUGGAGGAAAGAGAGAAUGUAGGUGUAAGAAAAAGUGAUCGUGGGG